CUCGGCGCUCAUUCGCGACGAGCUAGUCGGGUCGGAAGGAUCCCAUUCUCCGAUACCGGGCACACCAAGUCAAAUUAAACCAAAUCAGUUUUUUGACCCCCCUUUUAGUGGGGCACCGUUCCAUCGUCUCCGGAAAAAUCGCGCGAGAUCUGCACCAAAGGGGGCUGAUAGAGGGUAAAGAGGCUGUGACGUUCGUACAGGGUAAUGGAGGCGGUUAACGGGGGUAGUUUGGGGGAGGAAAAAGGGGGGCCGCCGCCCCCCAGUCCUUUGACGGGAUGCUAUCUGCUGGUGGUGAUCGGGGAGCCGCACUCUGGGGAGCAUAAAGACAUCAUUUUACAGAAGGUGGCUAAAGGUCUGCUUUCGUGGGAUGUGAACGAAUGCCUGGUGGAUUUGGAAAAAGAGCUCGCCAUCAUCAUAGAGCAAGGACUAGAAGGAGAAGAAGCUCGUUUUGGCGAGAGAUUGAUCCAGUUCGCCUCGGAAAAUCUAGUGACUGAAAUCUUGAUCCAUCCUGCCGUCAGUACAUUGUCCCAAUGCGUCCGCAACUUGCUUAGCAGUUUCACUAGGCAUCGGCACAUCAUCCAUGCUGGAUACACUUUCCAGGCCAACGGCUCCUGGGCUUUACAAGAUGGGACCUUUUCCUAUUCCGAUUUUGUCGAAGCUUUCCAGGAAAUCGAGGUCCAGAGGGUGAUUCACGCUUACGAGAACGGCAUCUCGAUCGAUCUGCAUUGUAGCGUCGAAGGAGACUGGCCGAGGUUGCCUAAGGAAUAUUUUACUAAGUCUUGCAAGGUCCGAGUUAAUCCAACAGACGUCCUAACAACAGGGUCCCCAUCCAUUUCCAGGUUUAUUAAAUAUUUAGAUCCAUUUUUGGUGCCCACCGUCCUGGAGGAUAUUCUGGAAAGCUCCGACGUGGUGGGAAACAUUCGAUUUUCUAGGCCAACCUUAUAUGUUUUCCCAGGUGGUCAAGGCGAUGCAGCCUUGUUCGGUAUCAACGGCUUCAAUAUGCUUCUAGACGGCGGCUAUUCGAGAAAGGCGUGCUUUUGGGAUUUCGUUAGACACUUAGAUAGGUUAGAUGCAGUUCUAAUGACUCGACUGAACAAUAGUAGCGUUAGCGGCGUUAGUUCCGUGCUGGAAAGGAAGAAGCAGGGCGCAGUAUACCCGCAAAUUGGCCACUUCUUCUGCAACAUCCAGGAAAGAAAGUCCCUGCUGAGUCCAGACGGCGACAAAGACAAGGACCCUUUAAUCGUCAGUCUUCUGGAUGAAGGGCAGAAUAUUAUCCAGGAUUUGCGCCAACUGAACCUCAGCCCUCAAGUCUGUUACCGGGACUCCGAUCCGAUCAUCCUCUACCACAAAGUGGGCCACGGCACCCUCAACAUGUACGUGCUGUCACCAGACAAAAACUCCCGCGAAGUGCGGGAAUUCCUGCAAAAGUGGAACCAGAGCGAUUCGAAGCUGUUUGCUGCCUCCAAGCCGGGAAAGGAUUUCAACUUUCCUUUGCAAAACUUGGUGUCCAUUUGCGCCCUAUUGAUCUGGCAGCCUGCCAACCCCAACGACACCAUCACCCGCAUUCUAUACCCAGGAAGCACCCCCCAGAAAAAGAUCUUCGAGGGCCUGGAGCGGCUGAAGAAUAUGGAGUGCAUGAAGCACCCCAUUUGCUCAGUCCGAUCCGUCAUUCCAGCCAAGAAAACCAAACAGGAAGUGCUGGAAAAAAUGGCCAAGACCGAGAAGAAAACGGAGAAUAAGCCCCUCAUUGAAGACUCAAUCAAGAAGGAGAUGAAUGGGGAUGUGAUCAGGGAAAAGCAGGUGACCAAGUCCGAUUCACAGGAAAGCGACAAGGAGAAGCGGGCAAAAAAGAUUGAAGAUGUCCGCAAAAGCGAGAAAACUGACCAACGAGAGGGGCUAGAGAAUGGGGAAAAAGCCAAAGCAAAACCAAGAACAGUGGAACCGAAGCCGAAACCCAAGGAAGAACCUAAGAAAAAGGCCCCUGUGGAAAAGAAAGGUCCUCCAACCCCUAAGAAGACAAUCGAAAACAAGAAGAACGGCGAAGUGAAAGAAAAGGAGCGUAAAGCUCCCCUAAAGCCCUCACCUCAGGCCACUCCGGCAAAAAGCACCAAAGACGCCAACAACCGCAAGGUGAUCGAAAGCAAGAAGGCCCUUCCGAAGAAAGAAGUGACUCCCAAACCGGCACCUGCAGCCGAAUCGAAGCCCAAGCCCGAACGAAAACCCAUUUCCCGAAGGCCCAAAGCAACCAAAGGCCCUCCCAGUCCCAUAAAAAAGAUGACCAACGGUGUUCAAAAGCCAGACUCUCUUUCCAAAAGAGGAAAGCUGGAUAAAGAAGGCACGACGGAUUCCAGCACUGUGAGCACGCCGUCCGCUGACCAGGAAAGCAUCCUGAAGAAGGACAUAUCAAAGCUCACACCUGAAGAACUAGAGCAACUCAAGGACAAGGAACUGGAAGAACUGAAAGAAGAGCAGGACGCCAUCAAGGAAAUCGAAGCGGUGUUCCGCAAGGGAGAGGCAGAAACUGAUCAAACCGAGCCGGGGGUGAGGAAAAUCAAGGAAAUCUCCAUUGAUGACCACCUGGAUACUGAAGAGUACCUGAUCAUUGAAAAGGAGGACAUCGAGCAUGACUCCCUGGACCAGGAAGCCAAGGAAGACGAAAUGCAAAAGCUAGUUCGCGAUAGCGAAGAAUCGGAAAAACAGCGCAAACUAAGCGCUGAAGAAGAGCUGAAAACCACUGACCUUCCUGAAGAAAAACCCCUGAAACUUUCCGGAACCCCCGACUCCAAACAGCAACAGAUCACGUCGCCAGACGAUAAAGCACCAUCCGACGACAAAAAGGAACCAGCCGAAGAAGAAGUGAAGGAAAUAAUCGAAUCACAACGAGACGAAAAGGUGUCAGCCAACGUGGAAUCGGGUGCAACCACAACCGCACCAACUCUGCCAGAAGACGAACGCAUCACAUUGGAUGAAAUCAAAGAAGACAACGGCCAGCCCAUUGAAGAAAAGCACAUCAAGGAAGAAACCAAAGAAAAAGGCCUUCCAGUCAUUCAACUACCGCCAAAAAGCCAACAGGGCAGCCCGUUAAAGCAGCCCCUGGCAAGCAUUCAACUCGACAAGCAAAAACAUGUUCGCGACAUCGUAAAAACUCCCGAUGAAGUUGCGGAUCUACCCAUGCACGAAGAGGCCGACUAUCAAGAGUUCAAUGGGGACGAAAAGAAAACCAAUGAAAUCACUCCUCCUAAGUCGAAAGAGGACGAUGUUAAGCCACCAACUAUCCAAAGCGGCCAAGAAAAGAAGGAUGUCGAAGAAGCACCAGCACCCACUAACUGGAAGCCAACCGAAUCUGUGAUAGAAAAUGCAAGUGUUGCAAAGUCCGAUGCAGUGGAAAAAUGUGAUAUUUUAGAGAAGGCGGAAGUAGAAACCAAAGAAAAAUCAGAUCAGGAUAAUAACAUAGUUUUACCGGAAGAGCGCAUUAAGGAAAGCAUGGAGGAUGAGUGGGUGGUUAUCACUAAGGCCAAGGAAACUGUUCCGGAAGCUAAAGAGCAAGUGUUGCCCAAAGCUGAAGACAUACAUCGUGCACUGGCUGACAAAGUUAUUUCCGAUCAAAUCGCUCAAGAAGUAGCAUUAGGCCUUAAAGCAGCCGAAGAAAAAGACCAGGAUUCCGAAACGGAAGUGAACGGCCAUGAGGUUCGGAAAGAAGACGAAGUAGAGGGUGUAGUGGAAAGCGACAAGGAGGACAUUACAGCUCUUAUUGAGGAAGCUGAUAGAAAACCUAUAACAGACUCUAAAUCAGGCAAAAUUCCUGAACUUCCGCACGCCUUGAACGACCUUGCUUCGGUGCAAAUUUCUAUCAAACAAGAUCUGGAAAAGAUGUCCAAAGUCGAUGAAAAACUGGCCGAACUGAAAAGCUUCUCCACAGAAAAAGAUGAAGUAAAAGUAGAAAAAUCAACUAGAAGCCCCGAACAUGCGGAAUCAGUGAUUCUCACUGACUCCUCGCCAGAAGACGAAGGACCGGAUAUUUUCAAAGAUUUAACCAUCGACAAAGCUGAACUGGGAAGAAAAUCCCCAGCCGAGCGCGAGGAAGAUGUGAAGAAAAUCGUGGCUAGCGUGGCGGAGGUUCUAAAAUCCGAGGCCCCCUUGGAAGAGUUCCAAGGAAAACUUCCUUUAGUCCAAGAGCUGCGCGAAACUCAUAUUACUACCCAGGACUCUCCAAUUCUGGAAGUAAAAAUCAUUAAAACUGAUGACAUUCCGCCUAUUCCCGAAGAAGCAGAUGACGAUCUAAAAUUCAAAUCAGGCGCUGAGCUCAGUGAGGAUACUUCCGAUAAAGAGGAUGACGCAGGAGUUGUCCAUAGAAUGCUGGUGACUGCCUCCAGUGAAGAUGGUGGCGAGGAAAUUGAAAUCUGCCCAGCUGGCACAAUCAUCUUUUCAAAAAGCUCGGAAAGUUCAGGAAGAUCUUCUCCGGAAGGAUCCCAGAAAACUCCCUCUCAGAAAUCUUCCAUCGUGGAAACCUUGACCGAUACUGCUUCAACAGCCAAGCAUAUUACUGAUCUUGAAACUGCAAGUAAAGCUAAGGCCGCUGAACUGGAAGAAGAAUCCCAGGCUCAAGAAGCCGCAACUGGCGCUCAAGAAGUUGCCGCUAAGUCUGUUGAGGCAACAUCAACAGAAAAUGUAGCAGACGCCGAGCAACAGGGAACCCGGGAAAAAAGACAAACUGAAGAAUCCUGGGCAACUUUGGAACAUACAAAAGAUCAAUUCAAGUCAGCUGGUGAGCUGGAGGAAAAAUUCAUUGAUUCAAAAGUCGCUUCAUCUUUAGAGUCUAAAGUGCCAGUUUUAGAAGAUACCCACAAAGAGCCAGUACCUCUUCCUUCAAAAGAACUCAGUGAUUCCACCCUGGAUGAUAAACUUGCUGCUCCAGUAGCUAAAGAAGAAACCGAAAAAUCUUCCAAACUGAAGGAAGAAGUGAUCGAUGCUUCAAAGGCGCCUGAAAAAGAACAACAGAUUGACAAAGAAUCGACUUCUAUUGAACAGAAAGAACAACUUGAGUCUAAGGUUGAUUCCAAAGUGCCAGUACCUCCAGUUGAUAUUCCGCAGGAUUCAAUUUCUCUUCUACCUAAAGACAUCACUGAUGAACUGCAAAGUUCAGGCGCGAUUAAAGACUUGACUGAACUCAAGAGUGCAUCAAAGGAAGCUGAAUCCACUGAAGCUAAAUUAACGGAAACUGCUGCUGAGCCUAAAGCUGCCCUUUCACCAGCUCAAGACGAGCGUAAGGAAUCGUUAUCCGAAGGCGUGAAGAAGGAAAUCGCCGAAUUUCCUGAAGUUCUUAAAGAUACGACUCAAGAGCCCAGCUUGGAAAUUAAAGCAGAAUCGUCUCCUGCAUCCAAAGCCUCAAGCUCGUCAGAGUCAGAACCUUUGGAAAGCCAAAAAGGCGCAGUUGUUCUAGGUAAAGAAGCAGACAAACUUGCAGAAGUUAAACCACUACCUGAAGCAAGCCUGAUGGGCGAAAAGGACAAAAUUUCCAAAGAUGCGAGCGGUGAGCCCGAGGCGGCUGAAACUACAUUUGAAAAAAUUGAACACCAAAUGGACCAAGGGCUUGAAUACCUAGAAGAAAAAGCCGUAGGGUUUAUGGCUGGAAUAACUGACACUCUUAAGAAGUUUGGCGAUAAAUCUCAAGCCACAGAUGAUAAAUUCCCUACUGAAUCACAUGGAUCAGAACUGCUUGAAGCCACUAGAGAACUGGAAGAACAGUUAGAAGACUCCUUAAGCUCCAUUGGCGAUAGGAAACUGGAUGGAAUAAUUAAAUCGGAUACAGACCCAAAGGACAAAGGCGGUCUAGUGGACAAUACAGGAAAGACUUUGCCAUAUGAAGACGAACGCAAGGUUCCGGCUACUGAACUCUCAAAAAUGCCUGAUCAUCCCAUUUCAGCAGACUCAAUUAAAGCAGAAUUUAUUGAAUCAGCUAAAGAUUUCACGAAGAAAACUGAGCAAUCCUUGGAAACUGUGGUGUCCGACUUCAAGGAAGAGGACAAGUCAAUCUUGUACGAUAUUCUACAGGAUGAAACGGUGAAAACUGAAAAAGAUCCAGAGAAGCCUGCAGAUCUUAAAGGUAAAGACACUGGAGCCAAAGCACAUGAUCAACAAGCAGAGCAUAAGGAAGUCGAAAAGAGUCAAGCAGCCUCUCCUGAAAGAAGACGAAGUACCAUUGAAUCUGCUGAAGAAUUUGUGGAAAAAACCGAAAAGACUUUGGAAUCAGUGUUUUCUGCCAUUGGAGGUGGAGCUAAAUCGGUUUUGCAAGAUAUUUUACCGGACGAAAAACCAAAGAACGAAGCGGCGGAAGAAAAGCCAAAAGCAGCCACAGAUUCUAAAACAGCAGCUGAAUACAUUGAAACCAAUGCAAUUGAAACAAAGCCUCAAACACCUCAGGUACAAGAUCUGAAGAUGAACAUCAUCGAAUCAGUUGAAGAAGUUGUGGAAAAAUCCUCGAACACAUCAGGAUCUGUGUUUUCUUCCAUGGAAGAAGGUGGCAAGACCCUUUUGCACGAUACUUUACCGGAAGAUCCACCAAAGAUUGAAAAAUAUGAUUCAAAAACCGCAGUUAAAGAAGUAGGAGAUCUGAAGAAGGACAUUCUAGAACGAACUGAAGAUUUUAUUGAAAAAUCGUCAAAGUCUCUAGAAUCUGCGUUCACUGCCAUUGAAGAUCAAGGCAAGUCGCUUUUGCACGAUAUUUUACCAGGAGAAAAGCCAAAAACUGGAGCUUUUGAUUCUAAAUCAUUAACUGAGCAUAGUGAGAGUAUCCCAAUUGAAGAAAAAGUCCAAGAAUCCGCAAACCUUAAACACGAAGAACUUAUAAAAGACCAAACGGGGUUAAUUGAACAGAAAGUUGGCGUUAUUGAACCCGGCAAACCGCAAACCGAAGGAGAUGUAGAAAAAACAAAGACUGAAGUAACUACUGUAGGCUCUAAACCAUUGGACAAAGGCACUGAAGAAACGGUUCCAGAUGGUCAACCAGAAGCUCCCAAAGAUGAAGCAAAACCAGUUGAGCGCAGAGGAAGUAUUAUUGAAUCAGCUGAAGAAUUUGUGCAAAAAUCUGAGAAAGCGUUGGAGUCAGUUAUGUCUGCCAUUGGAGAAGGGGCAAAGUCGCUUUUACACGAUAGUUUAGUGGAAGAAAAAUCUAAAGCUGAUGAAGUUGCAGCCAAAGUGUCUUCCACAGACUCUAAGGUACAGGAAAAAGACAGCAAAGAUGUGGUUGUUGGAGACAAGGCUGAAAAGGAUGUUGAAAUAAGCUCUAAACAGGAAGAAGUUCCAAAAAGUGAAGAGCACUUAUCCGAAAGAAAGUCUAGUAUCAUAGAAUCAGCUGAGGAGUUUAUGCACAAAUCUGAGAAAGCAUUGGAAGCAGUGUUCUCCGCUAUUGGAGACGGAGCAAAGUCGCUUCUGAAAACUGACGAAGUUACAGAUAAACCAACAGCUGCUCCAGGUUCUAAAUUAUCAGAUGAAGACAGUGAAGAGAGGGGCGAUAGUAAGAAAAGCCGUACAGAUGAAGAACCUUCGAAGAGUCCAGACGUUUUGCAUGAGAGAAGAUCCAGCAUCGUUGAGUCAGCUGAAGAACAAGUGGAAAAGUCUGAAAAAGCCACGGGAUCGGUGCUUUCUGCCAUUGGAGAAGGCGCCAAAUCACUGUUGCAUGAUAUUUUACCAGAAGCGAAAGUGAAGACUGAAACAGCUGCCGAAAAGCCAAAAGCUGAAGAUCAUUCUCUCGGCUCUAAAUCUUCAGGUGACGACACUGAAGACAGCGUCAUCAGUAAAAAGUCUCAAGAUGGGCAAGAAUCUGACUCUAAAGAUGAAGAACUUUCGAAGAGUCCAGAGGUCUUGCAUGAAAGGAAGUCCAGCAUAGCUGAGUCAGUUGAAGAAUUUGUCGAGAAAUCCGAAAAGGCAAUCGAAUCGGUAUUUUCUACUAUUGGGGAAGGCGCCAAAUCUCUUUUGAAUGAUGUUUUACCAGAAGCGAAAGUUAAGACUGAGAAGGCCGCAGAAAAGCCAAAAGCUGAAGAACAUGCUUUAGACUUCAAAGCAUUAGAUGAAGACAUUAAAGAUAGCGUCAUUAGUAAAAAGUCUCAAGAUGAACACAAAUCGAAUCUUAAAGAGGAAGAAAUUUCGAAGAGUCCAGAGGUCCUGCUUGAAAGAAAGUCCAGCAUUAUUGAAUCAGCUGAAGAAUUUGUGGAGAAGUCUGAAAAAGCAAUGGAAUCGGUGUUUUCUGCCAUUGGGGAAGGCGCCAAAUCUCUUUUGCAUGAUAUUUUGCCAGAGCCGAAAGCUGAGACUGAAGAGGCCGCAGAAAAACCAAAAGCUGAAGCUCAUCCUUCCGACUCUAAAUCAUCAAGUGAAGACACUGGAGACAGCACUGUUAGUAAAAAGUCUCAAGAUGAACACAAAUCGGACCUUAAAGAAGAAGAAAUUUCGAAGACUCCAGAGGUCCUGCUUGAAAGAAAGUCCAGCAUUGUUGAAUCAGCUGAAAAAUGUGUGGAGAAGUCUGAAAAGACAUUGGAAUCGGUGUUUACUGCCAUUGGAGAAGGCGCCAAAUCACUUUUGCACGAUAUUUUACCAGAGGCGAAAGCUAAGACUGAAGAAGCUGCAGGAAAACCAAAAGCUGAAGAGCAUUCUCCAGAAUCUACAUCAUUAGGCGAUAAGACUUUAGAAGUUCAACCAGCAGACACUAAACAUGAGUAUCACUCUGAGAAAUCUCAAACUGGUUUGCCUCAACAAAGAGAAAGCAUUCUUGAUGCAGCGGAAGAUUUUAUUGAGAAAUCAGAAAAAACCUUGGAGUCGGUAUUCUCGACCAUUGGAGGAGCCGCGCAGUCAAUUUUACCCGAAGAGAAAAAUGUGGCUGCCCAUCCGGAAACAGUCUGCGAUAAACUCCAAAAAACUCAAGAAGUUCCGCCUGCAGAUGCUUCUGCUGUCGAGGAAGCUUCCCCAGUCCAAGGAACUCCAAAAGAACAAAAGCAUCUUGAACAUCAAAUUGUUCCGGUAAAGAGUGCUGAAAAACUGGAUAAACCAGGCCUCCAAGAACAAGAGUUAAAGGCGUCUAUUGAAGAUAAGCAAAAAUCAACUUCAGAAAACGAAGUUGAUGCUCCCAAAACUCUUGAAGACAGUGCAAGCAAACUGAAAUCUGCUUCAAAACAGGAAGUGGAAAAGCCCAAAGCUUUUAGUGAGGAUUUGAAAAAAAUUGAUGGCAAACAACCCGAAUCUGAAGGUGACCGAGAAGUGAAACACGUCCCGGAGUCUUCUGAAGAAGUGGAACAUCUUGCCAAAGAGGUUGAAGACGGCGAAUGCCUUUUCGGUGCCAAAAAUAAGGUAGAAUUUAAAAUUGAAAAAGAUGUAGCGGAGAAGGAAAAAGACUUGAAAACGAUGGAGGCAGUUGACUCGAAAAGGGCUAAGGACCUGGAUGAAGUUGCCCAAGACAAACCAAUCGACAAAGAUUACAAGCUGGAAGCCAAAGAAGAAACGCGGCUUGAAAGAGCUGCUCAACCGAAAGCUUCAAAGGAAGACAUUGUCGAUGACAAGAACGUCCAUGAAAAAGAGAAGGAAUCUGAAAAAUCUGAUGAUCUUUCUAUCUCAACUGAAAAAUCUGCAUUGUCGGUCAAACCUCUGGACGAUUUAUCUAAGCAAGCUGAAGUAACUCUUUUAUAUGACAGUAAACUUUCCGAAGAUUUCAACGUGGCUAAAGAGGUUUUGGAGAAGGAGGAGAAACAGCUAGAAGAGAAAGCCGACCAACUGAGAAAAGAUUAUGAAGGUCUAUCGAAACUCACAAAAGAGAUUUCUUUUGAAAAGUGCAAAGCAGCUGAAGAAUAUGAAGUGGGAGAAGAAUUGCUGGAGAAAGCGGACAGGCAAUUAGAAGAUGAAGCUCAUACACUGAGGAAAAGUUACGAAGACUUAUCAAAACUGGUUGAAUCGGCACAGUUUGAUAAAUGUAAAGUUUCUGAUGAAUACAAAGUGGCCAAAGAAGUUUUAGAAAGGGAGGCAAAACAGAUUGAAGAAGAGGCAGAUCACUUGAAAAAGAGCUACAAGGACUUGUCAAAACUUGCCCAAUCGACCUCGUUUGAUAAAUGUAAAAUUAGUGAUGAAUGUAAGGUAGCUAAGGAAGAUGUGGAAAGAGAUGAAAAUCAAAUUGAAGAAGAAGCUGAUCACUUGAGAAGAAGCUACGAGGACUUGUCGAAACUUGCUGAAUCGACUCCAUUCGAUAAAUGUAAAGUUGCCGAUGAAUAUAAAGUAGCCAAGGAAGUUCUAGAAAAGGAAGAAGAACAGGUCGAAGAGGAGGCUGAUCACUUGAAGAAAAGCUACGAGGGCUUGUCGAAACUUGCUGAAUCGACUUCAUUCGAUAAAUGUAAAGUUACUGAUGGAUAUAAAGUAGCGAAAGAAAUUUUGGAAAAGGAAGAAAAACAGAUUGAAGAAGAGGCUGAUCAUUUGAAGAAAAGCUACGGGGACUUGUCUAAACUUGCGGAAUCGACCUCAUUUGAUAAAUGCAAAAUUUCUGAGGAAUUCAAAGAGGCCAAAGAAGAAAAACAGCUUGAGAAAGAGGUUGACCAUUUGAAGAAAAGCUAUGAGGACUUGUCCAAGCUUGCAGAAUCGACUGUGGUUGAUAAGUGCAAAGUGACUGAUGAGUAUAAAGUCGCCAAGGAGAUUCUAGAAAAAGAGGAGAAGCAAAUAGAAAAUGAAACUGAUCACUUAAGAAUGAGUUAUGAAGAUUUAGCGAAGCUGGCGGAUUCCACUCCUUUUGAUAAAUGCCAUACAUUCGACGAGUAUAAAGUGGAUAAGGAUGUAAUGGAAAAAGAAGAUAGAAAUUUGGAGAAUACAGCUGAUGCGCUGAGAAAAAGCUACGAAGAUUUAUCCAAUCUGGCUGACCCGACACAGUUCGAAAAGUGCCAGAUUAGUAAACCUAAAGUGGAAAAGGAACAACCUUUAGAUAAAUGUAAAACAUCGGAGUUGAAGUUGGAGGACUCGAAUAAAAUGGAACACUUCGCUGCAUCUGACAAGCCUGUGGAGGAGGAGACCGAGCUUAGACAAGCUGGUUUACCCUUGGAAAGCUCAAAGUUAAUAAGUGAUAUUAGUAGUUUAGACAGAACGCAAAAAAUAGAUGAAGCAAAAGUUGAAACCAAAAGCGAAGCUGUUUUAGGCAAGCCCCCAUCUAGUCAAGCAGAGAAAGGCGAGAAGGAGAGCAUGGAGAAAUCGUCUGUUAGUCAGGAUAGCAGUGCUCUUAGAGUAGACCAGCCGGAAGGCAAAAAACUAUCCAUAUCCGACGUGGAAAUUAGCAUUAAGACUGAUAUGGAUCGCAGAGAAGCUAGUCAGACCUUCCUGGAUAACGAGAGAUCCAUUAUUUGUGAUAGAACCGACGCCAAAGUAUACAUAAGGCCUAAGGAGAGUUCAGCUGGCCAAGAAGGGGCUUCCACAGUAGCAGACAAGACUUCCCCAGUCAUGGGGGCUCCAAGUGAUAAAUCGAGCUCCGACAUUGAAUCAUCUGGAAAAACCACUCCUCCAACUGUACCCAUCAGUCCAGUUGCCAAGGAGCUGAAAUCGCCUUCGUCAAAGCACGAGGGCGGCUUCAGUGAACAAACCGAAACGGACGAGGACGACUUGAGCACCAAAUCUCAAGUGGCCUUCUCCCAGUCCGACCUGGACGAGCUGGAUAUGAAGCUGGAUCCCAUGAGCACCUCGUUCUAUGGGGCCUUGCCUCACGAGGACGAGGAGCCUUUAUCUGGAACCUAUUUGUAUGAGAUCACCAAAGCCAAAUUCAGCACCGAACUUCCAGUCGCCGGAAAGGAGCUCCAAGCGGGAGAAAUGAGCUUAAUGACUGCCAGUUGCAUAGGUGAACUUCCUUCUGGGCCAGAUGACGAUCUCAAAAAAGAUCGGGUCGACUCAAAUGGAAAACCCGAAGAAACACCAGCCCCUUCGUACCUCUAUGAAGUCACAAAGGCACGCUUCGACUUGCAACCGAAGGAAAUGGACUUGAUGACUGCCAGUUUUAUCGGAGAAGAACUUCCAGGUCAAGCUAGCGGCCCAGAGCCUUCAGAUCCCAUGACCACCAGCGUGUACUUUGGGGAAACGUCUGAGGGCGCAUAUGAUCCGAUUGCCUCGUGGGGGAAACCGCUAGGCCUGCCCAGUCCAGCUCCUCCCAACAACAACGAAAAGGGGACUCCGAAGCGGGAGAAAAAGCUGCCGGCCCACGUGACCGCCAAAAACAAGCUAAACGACGACAAAAAGCGGCCGGAAUCGCCAUCGAAGCUGAAGCAGAAGAAAGCCAACGUAGUUUACGUGGAUCUGAGCUACGUUCCUCAUCACGGCAACCACUACUACUCCUAUGUGGAUUUCUUCAAGAGAAUCCGGGCCAGAUAUUAUGUGUUUUCCGGACUGGAGCCCAGUCGGCAGGUAUACGACGCCUUGUUGGAGGCGAAGCAAACUUGGGAGGACAAAGAAUUAGAUGUGACGAUCAUCCCAACCUACGAUACCGACAUUCUGGGCUACUGGGUGGCGGAAAAUGAGGAAACACUGUCAAAAUGCAAAAUCGAUCUGGCCCCAUCAGCAAGCAGAUGCACCAUCAAUCUCCAAGACCACGAGACCUCGUGUUCAGCCUAUCGCCUGGAGUUUUAAAUCAGCCACUUUGACUCUAGAGUGUUGGCCUAAGCAGUCCUGGUAGUAUAAAAUCUCACCGACAAGUAACAAAACCAUAUUUAGAGUGUGUACUACUACUACUUAGAGUUAGAGCAUAUGCGAGUGCUGGAGUUCCCAUAUAUUAACUGUCCUGGCCGAGUGUGGGUGACAUUUUAGACUACUCAAUCCGAUGAUUGUUCUGCGGUUGAACCAGCUCUACAGCACGUUUCUCACUAAACAUUCUAUAUUAGAAUUUCUGACUCAACAUUACAUAUUUACAUAGUACUGUCGAACCAGGCAUUGCGAGACGUCCAUAUUUGAAUGAUGCCAACUGUGUACCAGAACGCUUCCUUAUAGUUACCUCCAGCCUGUCUUCAAGGCAAAGAACAAUCUCCCACUGGUCAACAUACGGAUUUUUGGUUUCCCACUUGCAAUCCUUCGAUCAAGACUAAUGUGGCUAAUGAUAAUGAAUGCUUGCGCAAAGGCUCUUCCCUGGGCAAGAAGACGGAGGCUUUGCCGACUAGGUAUAGAAAAUACCGAGUUCCAAUCGACUAUUAUUUCUUAGGCUGUUUCAAUUUAGGAUGUUUUCAAAUUCAACUUUUAGGAUUAUAUUGCUCUAGUCCCAGCGGCUCAUCUCCCCCUAUGCGCUUAAUCAUCAGAAACAGCUGGAGAUGCCUAGCUGAUUAAUCGACAAGCAAUUAAAAUAACGUUAUCAUAUUGAAAAGAAUUAUUUAUUCAAGCUUAGCCCACCUCGGAUGUUUCCUGGAGGGAUAACGUUGAAUUUUUUAAAGUUUAUUAACGACGUUACACGUCGACGUACAGUGUAAGACAGUGAACUAGAUUAGAUAUAACUCUACCUACGUUGUAAAAGUACGAUCCCUAAGAUAAUUAUUAUGUAAAUGUGAAAACUGAAAUGAUUGGGUGAUAAAAGGGCAGCAAAGUAGAACCCAAAAGUGGCAUAUUAUAUAGAAGCCUGCGAAUUAAGCUAACAAGUGCGUUAUCAUCCAAUUGUUUUCGCUUGGCUUUUAUUAUUAACGUUUUGAGAAUUAUAUUGAUAUUGCAUUUUAUGUGAUACCUGCUGCUUUGCCAUUGAACUGGGGGCCGAGAAUUGAAGACGAUCGAAGAUAAUUUUUCAACGUAUUGCAUUUAUUAUUCUGUGUAGGUCUUUUCCGUGCUUUUUACCAAAUACUUAUUUAAUUUAUCAUAUUAAUUUAAGAACAACAUUGAUCAAUAAGGCCUAUUUUAGUUCUAACGUAGGGCAAGACUGGCAUUUAUUUUUACACUUAACAGGGGGACUUUCCCCUUAGAUUGAUAAGGGUUUUGAGUGCAGUUUAUAUUACAGUAUUUAAUUAUUAGUUGUCGUAGUUAACUUACACAUUUUUUGUCAGACUGAACUGCGGAUUUUUGCUUUUUCGCUCAUCGAAUGGAUUUAGGCCCGGUAUCUUCAUCUCUGGGUUAAUCUGGUAGAGUGCAAACGUCAGAUAACCGUGUCAAAAUGAUUGACGUUCCGUCAAACAUUACUGUUGGCAUGGAAACUGAGCGAUAAAAAUACCAGGGAGGGUGCAAAAAUGCCGUAAAAGAAUCACGUAUAGUGGGGCCAGUACUGUAGGAAAAUAUACACUGUUCUCAAAAAGGAAACAUUAGUAAUCGUAAAAAUGAACGGUCACAAAUUAAUUGUUUUUUUAGGGUAGAAAGAUGGUGCUAAGGCAGACACAAUGCCUUUUGUCAAAUUGUAUUUGAAAUGUUCGAAUGGUCCGUUCCGGAAAUGGAUAGUCAAUCUUUUAGCACUUCAAAUGCGUUGUUUAGGCCGUAUUACGUAAAAAUAUUUUAAAAAUAUAUUCAACCGCAUCACCAAUUAUUUUCUGUUAGUAUAUGAGAGAAAAAAAACGUGCUUUGUUGCUAAAUAUUUCCUUUAACAAUGCGCACACGAUGGUAUACGUACUUAUAUGCGUUGAAUAUACUUUUAAACUUAGAGAGAUUAUUUUUAUUCGCAUAAAACGUUGGCACUGAGUGUUGUGAUUAUUGGUUGGCUCUGUGCGUUAUGAGGAGGAAAGAACCGGUCAGAUUGGAGCCAACCAGCUUUGAUGGAUAAAACUAAACUAGAUAUGAAAACUAGCUUUUAGUCCAAAGUGAUUCUAAUCCUUUAGCUUAAAAAUGUUGUAUUAAAGUUACAUAUAUUUAAACGCAAUUAAUGUAUGGGAAUGUAUGAGAAUAAAAUUAAAUAAAAUGUA